AUGGCUCGAGCAGCUGUGAUUCCGAAAUCGCCGCCUAAGCGGGCGACGCGCGGUAGACCUAAAGGAUCCACGACUGAAACUGCUGCAUCCAAGGCGAGAGCGAGGAAAAAGGCGUCGACACCAGCUACAGCUACAACGGCGGCACAGAGGAAAAGAGGAGCGGCGCGAACUACUACAUCCAAUGUUGAUGAUGACUCGGACGACGCGACAGACGAUGAGAUUGGUGUUAUUCAGCCAAAAGAGAAACCCAAGGGGGCGAAAGGACGAGGAAGACCGGCUGGUUCUACGACAUCUGCUGGCACAGGUCGAGGAAGAAAGGCAGCGCCAGCGCCAGCACCAGCUGCUGAAUCGGGAAGUGAUGACGACGAUGAAGACGAACUUGCUCAUACUGAUUCCGCGCCGAAGAAGAGGGGAAGACCGAAGGCGAAGCCUGCGGCAAAGUCAGAACCGGCUCCUAAGCCUAGAGGUCGACCGAGGGCUGGUACGGCAAGCAAACAGUCAAAAGCGGCAGAUACCGAGAAGGAAACUUUGCGGAAGAAUACCCGAGCAAACAAGAUUUUGGAUUCCUCAGUGGACGAAACGAAUCCCAGACAGAUGAUCAUUUCGACAAAUUCGACUUUAAUGAGGUCAAAUAUGUUGCGUGGACCGGCCAAGAAGAAAACCGUCACUUUCCAAGACCCGUCGGGAUCGGAAUCGGAGGAUAUGGAGGAACUUGCAGCUCCUGCUGCUGGGAGGAGGAGAGCAGCCAGUACAUCGACACGUCAGCCAGGCCUCGCAUCGAAACCAGUUCGGAAGCCUGGUGCGACUUCUGGUCGUGGUCGUAAACCCGCGGCAGCAGCCAAGGGCGCUGCGAAACCAUUAUCGCCUAAGAAGGACAAGCAGGUCGCAAAGUCACUUUCCGCAUUUGCAGGCUCAGAUGGUGAGGACGAUGAGCUGAGUGGUGCCAAGGAUCAGUUCAAAUUAACUGUCCAUUCUCCCUUCAAACAUGGAUCCGAGAACACUGGACUGGGCUCUCCGGUCAGAAGAAUCAACUUUACGCCCAAGAAAGGACCUAAGACCGUGGACGAAAAUGGCGAGCCUACCAACCUCAACGCGAAACCUAUGGAUUUCAGCGAGUCGCUUUUCAUGUCCAGUCCUGCGAAGCGCCCGUCGGCUUCUCCGUUCGCCUUCACAAUGAAAGAGACACCGAGGAGAGGUGGUUUUACAGUUGGAAAUGAGGCCAAACCUAUUUCUCAACCCAAUUUUACCCCCACGCAAGAUUCGCCGCUCAAGUCAUCGCCUAAAAAGGCAAGAUUGGAAACCCCGCGUCACGGUGGUCUCUCUUUCCUAGAUGACAGCAGACCAAUGUCUCAGCCAAACUUUACACCCGGUCACAACUCCCCGCUCAAGACAUCGCCCAAGAAAGGAAACCUUGGUGCAUCGUUCUCCCUUACUCCGUCCAAGGCAUCGUCAACACCAUUGGUCACUCGGGCGUCUCUGCUUCAGAGCCCUGCUAAAAGAUCUUUCUCCCCAUUUAAAAGCUCCUUGUUUGCUAGGCAGCAGCCACUGCCAGAGAAAGCUGAGACUAUGGAAGAGCACGAUGUAGAGGAUGAAAUUUCCACUACCCCAAAGACUGUCGACUCUCCCCUUACGCCUAAAGGAUUGUCCCAAGUGGAUAUCGAAACCCCAGAAAAAACAAUGGACGAAGUGUCUCGUGAAAUUGACGAACAAUUAGCGCCCGAGCCUGAACACGAACCUGAAGUUGCGAUGGAAGACGAUGUUGAAGAAGAUGCUGAACUCGACCAACAUCUGGAGGACGCUGCGGAAAAUGCUGAACACCAGGCCGUGGAGGUUGACGAGGGUGAGAGUGAGGAGGAGCCUGAGAAUGCCGCUGAGGAGUUGAUGGAAGAGGACCACAACGAGCUGCCCGAUGCUCCUGAGUACCAAGAGAUUGACGACCAGGAAGAAGUAGAGGAGGAAGAUGAGAUGGAUGACAUGGCCAUGGUGUCUAGUGAACCCGGACAUGAUUCACCCAGCCCUGUUCACGCUGAGGAGCAUAUUGAGCAUGAGGUAGACGAUGCCCCUGAAGAUGUCGAAAGCGAGCACGUUGAACAGGCAGAGGAGGUCGAGGAUGAACGGGAGAUUCAUGAUGUCGAAAAUGUCGAGUACGACGAGGACGCCACCGAGGAUGAGCCGCUGGAGGAUGUCCAGGACGACGUUCAAGACGUUGCAGAUCAUUUCAGCCACCACGAAGAAGUCGCCGAAGACACGGCCGAAAGCUACGUCCCGGACCACAUUGAAAACAACAUGGAAGACCCUGCCGAGGAGUCCUCGGAAGAGCUCGCAGCCGAUGUUGUUGAUAACGACUCGGAAGUCGAGCAGAGCCCCAGCGCGCGUCCGAAACAAGCUGAGCCUGAACCGGAAACUGAGCAAGUGGACUAUGAACUCGACGAAGCCUCAGCUGGUGAUGACAAUGAUGAGGUCGAACCAGAAGCACCCGUUCAACUUGAAACCGGACACGAAGUGCACGAGGAUGUCUUUGACGAAGCACCUGUCACCUCCCAAACUCCACAGAGAAACUCGAGGGUUGCAGCUCCUCAAGUCCCUGCUCGGGAGCAACAUACCCCCGAACCAUUUGUGCAGCAACCCAACCAUGACGAGGAUAGUUACUACAGCGAUGUCGAGUUCUUUGAUGACGACGAGCCUACCCUAGUUGCAAUCGAUGAGAAUGAGCAGUAUAUGCAAACACCCGGCCGAACAUCACGCAGAACACCCCGCCGGACCCCCGGUCGAACCCCCCGGCGGAUUUCACGCCGGGUUUCUCGACGUGCUUCUCAAUACGCAGCGCAAGAGAGUGAACCUGUCAGAAGCGCCCCUCGGGAAGCUCCUCGUCCUCCCCCUGUCUUAUCUCCCCCGGCUCGUGAGCCCACUAUGGAAUCUGCUGAACCCGAAGUUGUCCCUGGCAUAACUGCAAAUGAGGAAGAUGAGAAUCGUCGAGAGUCCCGGCGGAUCUCACAACGAAUCCAUGAGGGGAUUUGGCGACGUAUUUCCGACCAUUCAUUCCAGGAAAGUCCGCACGAAGCUGAGACUUUUACACCUCCGGUUCCAUCUCCAGCUCAUGAGCUCGCUAUUGAGCCCACUGAGCCAGAGCUUGCCCCCGGCACAGACGUAAAUGUCGAAGAUGAGGGCCGCCGAGUCUCCCAGCCGAUCUCUCGACGAAUCUCUCAUCCGCUUCCACGACGCGUUUCCCAACAUGUUGUGCAGGAAAGCGAACCCGCCAGAAGCUCGCCUGAAGCUGAACCCCUUCAGCCGGUUCCGUCUUUCCCAGUUCGUGAGCUAAUUGACAACCACGAUAAUGAUACGGAGAGUAUGGAAUCUGCUGAACCCGAUGUUGCUCCUGAUACAACUAUGGAUAUGGAAAACGAAGGUCCUCCAGCGGAAGAAAUUUCUAUGCCUCAAACACCUACAAGGCAGACUCCUCGCCGUAAGAGCAAGACAAGGCGGUCAUUGUUUGACAAUGCACCUCGCUUUACGCCUUUGGCAAACCAAAUGAGUCAAUGGAAGACUAUUAGUCCAGACAAAGCACAGCCCAGACGCUCAGGACGACGGGGUGUCUUCUCUAUUGGAGGGAUUCCAAAGCCAUCCAGACAUGCCCCAAGGAAGUCAGCGGAGAUUUCCUACCCUGACAUCUCCAGACACUCGCUUGCUGGUGUCGAGUCGCUAUUUGAUGAACCACCCGUUCAAGAUAGUGAGAAUGAGCAGUUGGACACUGAAAUUUAUCAGGACCAAGAGCAAGAGCAAGAGCCCGAAGUCAGUCAGGAUGAUGCUUUGGAAACUGAAACACCGCAGAGACAACCUAUGAGUGAGAUCUUUGAAGAACCAAAGUCCGCGAUCACAGAGGCCAAUGAAGACCAAGGGAGUGUAUAUGACCAAAGCCCCCUUGCCUCCAGCGUGAAUCACUACUCUGCACCCCCGACACCCUCAGCUCACGAUGGGUCAGAGGACGAGAAGGAGAACGAUGACGAGAACGUGCCUCCCCCGGCUCCCGCAACUCCGACGCAAAAAACUAUCGUUCCCCCGCAAACCUUCCAUACGGUUUCGAAGGUGCCUCUCAAACCAGAAGGUGAAGUGUCGCCACUGAAGAUGCCCCGUAAGCGGGGUUAUUCAAUUUCGAACACAUCGCCUGUGCGUUCUUCUCCAAGAAUUCGCAACUCCAUGUUUAGCCCCAGAAACCCCGAACCUCCCUCCUUUUCUCCUCGUAAAUCGCCGAGAAUUGAGGAACCCACAACUCCCAAGCGGAGAAGCAGUUCUGUGAGGAAGAGUGUGAAUGGCAAGGAAAGUGCACAAAAGAGAGCGGCAACUAGGUCUCCCAGUCCCGCGAAAACACCUCGUCGGAACACCAAUGCAGGCGAACAAGCUCUCGGAGGAGCUAUUGUUCAUGUGGAUGUUCACACUACCGAGGGAGAAGACGCUAGUGGCAUUUUCGUCGAGCUCUUGCAGCAAAUGGGAGCUAGAUGUGUUAAGAAUUGGUCUUGGAAUCCUCGUGCUAGCCCGACGCCUGCUGAUUCAGCGGACCCCAGUAGCAAAGUCGGCAUCACCCAUGUCGUCUUCAAAGAUGGAGGAGUUCGAACUUUGGAAAAGGUUAGACAGGCGGGUGGUCUUGUCAAGUGUGUUGGAGUUGGUUGGGUUCUUGAUUGUGAAAGAGAGAACAAGUGGCUUGACGAGGCGCAGUAUGCUGUCGAUAGCUCCAUUAUUCCCCGUGGAGGUGCAAAGCGCAGAAAGAGCAUGGAACCUCGCGCGCUGAGCAAUGUCAAUGGAACCCUUGUCAAGGUCGACUCCGCUACCGCUUCUGCUAGUGGCAGACGCUCUGGUGCUGACUGGGACACUAUGGAGGACUUUAUGAGACAUACGCCUCCACUUGGCCGCGAUGAGCCUAGCACUCCCCAGAAGAACAAGAAGCAUGACGAUGAUUAUUACCAAGUCCCCAAGACUCCUGGGCCCGGUUUCAAUCUCGACAACAUUGGAAUGUCUCCGGCAACCCCGUUCUACCUCACCCAGCAAGCGAAACUCGUCCAGCAAACCUGUCCUGCUAAGCAGACUCGACAAGGAUUAUUCUCGACAUCAAGCGCGGUCGAUGACGAGUCUUCCAAAAGGAUGCGAUUCAAGCUUGACGCUGCUAGGCGGAAGAGUCUUGCGUUCAAACCCAGAGUUGGCAGCCCGCUUGUCGAAUAG